UGCAGGUCUCUCAACUUCGAUGGGAGCGACCGCAUUCUUCACAAUUAAUUGCGGGUCCGCGGUAUCGAAGUCGUGGCGCUGCAGGAGGUGUGCUGGACGGGGAAGGACCACCGAGAAUUCGGUGGGUAUACUAUGUAUUGGAGCGGCGGCGAUACACACGAGCUGGGGACAGCUUUUAUCGUGCUGGGUGAAAUGGCGAAGCGCGUGAUUGGGUGGUGGCCAGUCAACGACAGAAUGUGCCGGUUGAGAAUCAAGGGCCGAUUCUUCAACCUGAGCAUCAUCAACGUGCACAGCCCGCACAUGGGAAGCGACGCCGAUGACAAGGACGCUUUCUACGAGCUUCUUGACCGCGAGUACAGGAAGUGUCCAAAACACGACGUCAAGAUUGUCAUCGGCGACUUGAACGCUCAAGUUGGCCAGGAGGAGGAGUUUAGACCGGUUAUUGGGAGGUUCAGCGCUCACCAGCAGACGAACGAGAACGGCCUACGACUCAUCGAUUUCGCUACCUCCCGAAACAUGGCCAUACGUAGUACCUUCUUCCAGCACACCUCCCUAUACAAGUACACCUGGAGAUCACCAAACGACACGGAGACGCAAAUCGACCAUGUUCUCAUCGAUGGUCGGCACUUAAUCGACGUCAGAACCUACCAUGGCGCGGACAUCGACUCGGACCACUACCUGGUGGUGGCCAAGCUGCGCCAACGCCUGUCUGAGGUCAACAAGAUCCGGUACCGUCGCCCGCAGCGGUAUAAUCUGGAGCGGCUCAAGGAUCCUGAGGUCGCUACCCAGUACGCGCGGGAACUCGAAGCUGCGUUGCCUGACGAGGGUGAGCUUGCCGAAGCCCCUCUGGAGGCCUGCUGGAGCCAUAUGGAAGCAGCCAUCAACGCAGCGGCAUCGAGCGCCAUCGGGUACGUGGACCGAGUUCGACGGAACGGCUGGUUCGACGAGGAAUGUCAGGCGAUUUAGGACGAGAAGAAAGCAGCGCGGGACAAGUGG